UAUAAACUUAAAUAAAUACCCUAUCAACAUGGGCAUGGAAAAAUAUGAUUUAGAUACUAAGAAAGCAGUUGGUCGUGGAGCAUUUGGUGCGGUAUAUUUAUACCAAAGAAAGAGCGACCAUAAGGAGAUUAUCAUCAAACAAAUUACAAUUGAUGAUUUAACGACAGAUCAACGAAAGGGCGUUAUGAAUGAGAUUGAAGUCACUGCUAUGUUUAACCAUCCCAAUAUUAUCAAGUACCAUGAAUAUUUUGUUGAAGAUAAAACCUUUAAUAUAGUCAUGGAUUAUGAACCAGGUGGAAAUUUGUUCGACUAUUUACAGCAGAGACAUGAUCAGAGCAUGAUGCUGGAAGAAGAGGAGAUUUUAAAAUUUUUUGGUCAAAUAGCACGUGCAAUGCAUCACAUCCAUAGCCACAACAUACUACAUCGUGAUAUGAAAACACACAAUAUUUUGUUGGACAGAAGAAAAAGAGUGGCGAAAAUUUGUGAUUUUGGGAUAUCAAAAUUUCUCACAAAGACGAACGCCAUGACAACUGUUGGUACUGCACAUUACAUGUCACCAGAGGUUGUGGAAGGAAAAUUAUAUAAUAAAACAAGUGACAUUUGGAGUCUUGGAUGCAUCUUGUAUGAAUUAAUUGCACUCAAACGUGCUUUUGACGCAGAUUCUUUAAGUAGCAUCCUGCGGAAGAUAUUACGGUGCGAAUAUUCAAAGAUGCCAGACUUUUACAGUGAAGAACUAAAAAUGCUUGUGAAGAGCAUAUUGAAGCUUGAUCCAGCUAAAAGGCCAGCUAUCACUCACAUACUAGCUGCCCCUAUUCUCAUCAACUCGUUGCUGGAUUUAGAAACAGAUGUUGGAAGAAUUCCUUGCUUAUAUGGGUACGGUUCCAACCAAAACAAAAAGUCCAGCGUCAAUAGUUCUGUCAUACACAAAACAACGUCAUUCACAUCAUGGGGCGAUGAAACCUCCCGCCAACUAGCUGAGCAAACGUCAAUCGUGUAUGGUUGGGGAGGUGGGGUGAAGCUUCCCGCUGUACUUCAAGCACCUGGCACAGACCAAUUUAUUUCACAAGUUUGCAUUGGACGCACAAAAAAGUUAGGACUCACAUCUAAUGGAAGAGUCUUCACAUGGGAGAACUCGUUCUCGACAACGAAAAGUAGUAUCUUGGAAGAUAAAGACUCCUCUACUAGCUCAGCUGUUCUAACACCCAAAAUAAUUGGAGAGUUUUCUGGUUCCACCAUUGCUCAAGUGUGUUGUGGAGAUCAGUUUGUAGCUGUCAAAACAGACCGUGGAAUGUUAAUGACAUGGGGCAGCGGUGUGCAAGGCUGUCUCGGUCACGGCACAACAAGUGACUCACCGAAAGCCAAAGUAGUCGAAGAUUUAGUUGGCUGCACAGUUGUGCAAUUGUCGUGUGGAGCUGCUCAUGUCAUGGCGCUUACAAAUGACAACCAACUCUUCGUAUGGGGAAAGGGAAGCUCAGGUAAUCUGGGCUUGAAUGAUAAACAGCAACGCUUGAAACCAACUCUUGUUCCACUACCUAGUAAGAUUCGAUCAACAUCCAUCAUAUGUGGUACAAAUUGCUCCUUUCUUAUCACCAGUGAGGGUACAGUGUACACGUGUGGUAACAAUCGCGACAACAAGCUAGCUGUACUAAAUGAAGACGAACUCAGUCGCAAGCCGACGAACGAAGACUACCUGAUAUUCACGAAACUUACAUGUAAACCUCUCGCACAGGAGAAAAUCAUCAACAUAUCUGCAGGUUCUGUUCACACGGCAUUUUUGACAGUUACUGGCCGAUUGUAUACUGCUGGAAACAAUAAAAAUAACCAACUCGGUUACCAACGCGACAAUGGUGACUACAGACCAGCAAUGGUUGAAUCAAUGAGUCAAAAAGGUGUAAAGCAUGUUGGUUGCGGAGAUACUUAUACUAUUAUUGUGACGUCAGAUAACGAAGUAUAUGGCUGGGGAAGUGGCAAACAUGGUAGGCUGGGGCUAGGUCAUAUCGAAGAUGCACGUGUUCCCACACAACUUCAACUGGACGGAGCGAAACUUAAUUUUCAUUCUUUAUCUGUUUGUCACAGCUCGACGUUGAUUGUUGGCCAAGUAAAAAACCCAACGUGAUUGUUUAUACUGGUCAGCUUCGACGACUGCAUAAUGACGAUUGUGAAAAAAAAUGAAAACCGAGAUGAACCUGUGAAGUACAACGGCAGUCAAGAGUGGAUAAUGUGUAUCGCAUACGCAUGUUGGUAUUGUCUUGUGCAGUCACGAUCUGUUUAUUUGUUUAUCUUGGGGAAGUAGGUAUAUUUCUCAAAGAAGAAAGGGAAAUUUUUCGCCAAAACAGUUAGUGUCCCUGUCUGUCGUGGUGAUAUGACGCGGGUACCGUGUACCUAAAUUGUUGUUGUUGUUGUUUCUUAUUAAUUUAUUCCAACACAGGAAUUCUUAAAAUCUUGUCAAAAUGUCAGAGAAAAGUCAUGCCAGUAAUUUUUUUAUUAAAUUUAAAAUAUUUUCAUUUUUUCAGAAUUUUGGCAGAAAUUAAAUUUCAGAUCUACAGUCUAUUUACCUUUGUGUUUACAAUUGUGUCUUUUAGCGUGAUCUAAAGUUCUAAUAAGUAUGAAAUUUCUGCACAAAUAUAGUUGAGAAAAUGAGAGAAAAUGUCUAUCAAAGAAAUGUCAGGAAAAUGCCGCCAGGAGUUAAAAUUGAGUGGACCCCCUUUUUCGGUUAAUUCACGAAAGUGAUGCAAAGCAACGAAUUACGGUAUUUAGCAUCUAGAAAAUUCCUUCCUUCGCAAACAUUUAUUUUUUAUUCAAUUUUAUUUAAAUUUAUGUAAAUAGUUUCUUACAAGUUUUUUUAUAAGCUACACCACGAUUUUAAUUUUGAAAUUUUUAACUGAAUUAUUUUCGAACAACCGGAUAUAACAUUGAAUGUUUAGUCUAGAAUGUAAGUCAAAUUAUUUAAUAGAAAAUUUGUAUAAAAAACAGUCAAAAAUUAUGGUGAAUAUGCAUAGUCAUAACAA